CUUAUCCUAACCCGUCUACCUUGACACCGGUGUUCCCACCCCAAUCAGUGUGCGCCGUUUGUGGCCCACCUGUCUUUAUUAGGGUGUGUCCGGGCGGCAGCAUGGCUGCUCUCUGCUCCAGGCAUCCGCCGACACCCGUGGAUAAGUAGCUGCAGCGGCCCGGCACAGGAACUCUGUCUCCGGCUGUGACCAUGGCCAAGACUGGUUUCUGCGACUCCAAGCCCCUGCUGGACUUACACAAGAAGGCGGAUGAGAGGCGGGCCCCGUUAAGAACUUGGUCUAAUGCCUGUGGGCCUAUAGAUCGCUGGCAGCCUGUAGAGGUAGAGGAGUCCAGGAUGGCCCCUGUCAAAAUGGAGCCAGAACAUAGAUGGGAAAGAAGGUUAUCGGCGCAAACAAGCGAAGGCAUCAUCAUGGGAUUUCAUGAAGACAGUCGAACACGCUCAGUUGCAGAUGGGUGUGUGGAGGAGCCUUUGCUUCUUUACCCUCAUGGACUGCAGGGUCUUCAAAGCCUACAGGCACUGGUGCCUAGCUUGCUGCGCCAUGAAGUAGAGACCGCACUGGAGAGACUGGACCUCAUAUGGGACCGGACGUACGCCUGGGACAUGUUCUUGGAUAUGAUGAUAACUCAAACGCGACACUCCUUUUCCAACGCCGACCUGCCCCGGCAUUUCACUGAUGGCACUCGUUCUGUCCUGGUAGACUGGCUCAUUCAAGUACAUUUUAUUUCCUACCAGGAGAUGAUGCAUUUUCAGGAAGAGACCCUCUAUCUGGCCAUACACCUCCUCAACCGCUCUGUGCGUCAGAUCAAGGUGACCACAGUCAACCUGCAGCUCCUCGGCAUGGUUUGCCUUUUUCUUGCUGCAAAAAAGGAAGAAUGUCUCCUCCCUGAGGUGUCUGGACUCUGCUACUUGAUGGACCACACCUACACUAAGCAUCAGCUGCUGCGAAUGGAGCGGAAAGUCCUUUUAGGGCUCAAGUUUGAUUUGUCCUACUGUCCCCCUCUGCAUUUCCUCCUCCUCCUUUCCUCCAUUGCUCGCUGCAGUGCUAAGGUGGUCUGGAUGGCUCGGUAUCUGUUGGAGCUGUCUCUCCUGGAGGGCCAGUGUGUGCUGGUUCUGCCCGUACAGCUGGCAGGAGCGGCCCUCUGCUUGUCCCGUCAAGUUCUGCAGGAGCCCCUAACACCAGAAGGGGAGGCUGCAUGGUGUCUGGCCUCCAGUGUCCAUGUCGGCAGUGAGACUGCCCUGCUGAGGGUCAUGCACAUUCUGGCCAGUGCCGCAGCCAAGGCGCACACCCGAGAGACCUGCGCUACUUUUAAUAAAUUCUCCUCCCCAGAGACCAUGCAUGUCAGCAGGCACCCAGGUCUAAAGAACGCUGCUGGUCUGAUAGGGGUAUGCACCUGACAUUCCUCACUCCCAAAGACUUAAUUAAAUGCAGAAGCUUCAAGGUAGAGAAGCCUGACCAGUAUCACUUGAGGACUUGACUCCUGUGCGGUCCAAGGCUGUUUAUUCUUUACUGUAGAGCCUGAGGAGUUGCCAUGGAAAUGGGUAAGGAAGAAAUGUGAAAUAUUUGACACUGAACAUUGUUUGACAAAGGAUUGCAUGCACUUUGCAUGUAUGUGAUUUAACCAACCAAAUGGCACAUGUUUUAUGAUCUUAUCUUGCAGCCAAUUUAGAAAAUAUUUGAAUUGUAUUGAUGUUUCCUUGUCUUGUCAUUUGUGAAAAGGAUGUGGGCUGUCUAAGUUUUAAUGUACAAAAUAAAGUGUCUGCUGCAGUGU